UUACCAUUACAGGAAAAUACGCAGUCAAUGUAAUGUACUACUAAAGGACAUAGUCCACCACUUGUAAAUACUUAGAGGAAUAGUGCUAUCAACAUUCCCAAUUUUCAUUUCACAUUUUACAAGUGUGUUUUUUUUUGUUACUACCACUGAAAGCUUUUGGUCAAGUGUUAACUUGGGACACAGGAUUUGUUACACAAUUCAUCACUGGAAUUCAUCAAUGGAAAUGGAAAGUUGUUCAAAGUGUUGCUCUUGUUUUCUACAAGCAGGGGAUCAUGUUUGUUGGUGUUGGUGUCGAUCGUGAUGUUCUACCGAGUAAGCCUAGAGGUCUAGAUCUUUAUUGGGAAAGAAAUGUAAAGUCAUUGAUAACAGAUCAUCAGUGGUGCUCUUACUGACAUGAUUAGCCUACGUACUGUUCGUCGUUGACCUCACUGGUCAGUAGUGACCAAUAACUGUGUCAACAUAUGGAUAAAAAAAGAGAACAAUAAAAGCAGACAAUAGGCUAAACACAAUGAUUAUCAACCUCAAGAUGAAUGGAAAUGGACGAAUGUUACAAUGCUUCGAAGACUCCUCUGCGAUCUAAAUAUUAGUCACAUCAAAUGUGGACUAAGGCAAAUGUGCACAAUUUAUACAGACUCUCAGACAGCAAACACUAAAAACAUAUUUGUUUUAUUAGGCUAGAAAUGUUUUCAACUAAUCAAGGUCUCGACUUUGACUUUUUGGAAACUACCUGAUCGACACAUUGUAAACACUACCAGAAAAUGUGAUGGCCUUUAGACUCUAACUGUAUGUUUAUGAUAAAUUCAGUUUAUCGUAUGCCGUAUGCCCAUCUCACAGUUUUACAGUAAGCAAAAAGAGACUUUUCAAUGAAAGCGCUUCCUUGUUUCGAAGUUUGCAUACGAGGUCACGUGUCACAUCAGCGGGGAGAUAUUGAGUUGUGAUCUUUGAACGGAACAUGUCUCAAACGCAAGAGAACACAAGUCUGCUUAACGUCUCAAAUGUAUCCAGCCACACCUUGGAAGAGAUCAACGAUGAGAUAGCCUUGACCUUACUUCCAGCCAUGCUGGUGCUUGCAAUUCUCAUGGUCGUCGGAAUCUGUGGCAACUCUCUGGUGGUCUACGUGUUCUGUUUUAAGAUGAAGUCCGGCACACAGAAUGUCCUAAUCGUCUGCCUAGCAGUGUUUGACCUUCUCAGCUGCACACUGUCCAUACCUAAUGAAAUAACGGACAUGAGAUAUUUCUACACAUUCCCAUCAGAAGCAGCGUGUAAAAUAAUGAGAUUUGUGAAUACAUUCUGUGCUAUCGGUUCCAUCAUGACUUUGAUUGUCAUCGCUGUAGACAGAUUCAGGAAGAUCUGCCGACCUUUCAAAAGGCAGAUGCACACCAAACACGUGAAGCUUUCUCUCAUCCCAGUCAUCGCCCUGGCCUUAUUCUUCUCUCUGCCCGCCUUCGUCAUGUACGGUUUGAGAACUGCUGAUACACACGUGCCUGGGUUGGUUGGACAGGACUGCUCCACACCCAACGCCAUCGGGAGCACCAUCCUUCCACUGCUGUACAACUUGCUCCUCUUUGUUUGUUUCAUCAUCUUGAGCGUCACCCUUAGCGUCUUGUACUUUUGCAUUCUCCGUGAAACCAACAGGCACAACCGCUACAUGAAAAGAAACUCGGAUUUCAGUUUGUCUUCAACGGUGCCAUCCACGGACGAUUCUGGGUCUAGCCUAGACCGAACACCCGUGGCCUGUAGCGUCUCUCCGACGGAUACUGCUCUGGUGGUGUGCAAUUCUUUGGUGUUCGACUACAGUUCCGAAUGUCCUGCACUCCCAGAAGUUACCGUUGGCGACAUCAAUGCUAACAAUAAUGAGAACAAACAUGCCUUAAACCAAACUGACUCUAAUUUAAAAUCACCAAUACUUUUAGAGAAAGAUGAGAACUCUACACAUCCACUAGAUGUCAUAAACACAAGCACUCUACAGUCACCAGCAACAAUUAGCGUGAACAGAAAACCUUCCAUUUUAAUUUCAUCCAAAGCUGACUACGUCAAAAAAGAUUUAAAAAUUGCAAUCCUGGAGCCGGUGGAUUCCUUUAAAUGUUCAGCUCUGACGAAACCUCUGAAGAGACAUGUGCGAAGUAAAACGACAAUCAUCGCUUUCGUUGUGACCGUCGUGUUUAUUCUCAGCUUUUUACCACACUUAUGCUUGCAGGUGGCCAAGAUGAUCAAACAAGGUUUCGACUACAACCUCCAGGGGUCAUCUCUUGUGGCCUAUAACAUUUUCCUGCGAUCCUAUUUCUUAAAUUCUGUUUCGAACCCGUUCAUUUACAGUAUUUUAAACGUCAAGUUUAGUAGUGAAGUGAAACGAUUGUUUCGUAAAAUGUCCUGUAAAACAUGAUCAUAAUUUUGAAUGAUUUUAUGAGUGAACAAAUCUAGUCAACUAUUGAUAUCUGGGUGUUCUUCGUGCAGCAUUUAAGAUUUUUACAAGGCUUAUAUGAACUCACUCUGAUAAAAAAAAAAGUUUGUACACGUUAUUUCUCCCACACCCAAUCUUGGGUCAGAAAUUUAGUACUUUUAUUUCUUUUACCUGACAACACAAGAAUGAAAAAAAAAACAACAACAAUUAGUUAAUUAACUAUUGGUAAUAAAUUAUUUUGUUUGGUAGGCUAUCUCGAACAAGGGAAAGAAAUUGUAAUUGACUGAAGUGGUGAUAUACGCCGAAUUAGUCCCCUUUAUAUGUCGUCGUCUGAGUCUUAGUGAACACAAACCUGACAAAUAGGACGAGACAAUAGAUAACUCUACAAUCUCCCAUGUUCAUAAGCAAUGAUUGGUUUGUGGGCUUGAAAGAUUUGUACCGUGAAAAGCGUGUAUCAAGUUAGAGACUAACUAUAGAUCUAUAGAUCUAUGAGUUUCAAGUGUUGUUCUAUAGAUCUAUGAGUUUCAAGUGUUGUUCUAUAGAUCUAUGAGUUUCAAGUGUUGUUCUAUAGAUCUAUGAGUUUCAAGUGUUGUUUUGAGUGUGUCUGUGUUUCGAGAACAACAAAAGUGCCAUCAAUGAAGUCAAUGAACCAUUAUUAAUUAACUACAUGUAACAUCUUAGACAUGUCUCUCACAGUUGUCUUUCUUUGACUGCUUUAUUUCCACUUAUGCAAUGUAUAGAACUAAUGUGAAAAUAAGUUCUAAACUCGAUUAAUGUUCCUUUAACUCAACUCUCAAGAGCUUCUAGAUCUAGUGCAAUAAUUAGUAGACACCAGAAUAGUGCUCGAGUUUCCAGUAGUUACUUAAGCUCUUUGUCCUUUGAAAUUCUAUGGUACAAUGGCUACAUAAAAAGGUCAUUGGACUUUAGUCUCUCCUUGAAAAUAGGCCUACGAUCCCCCAGUGGCGUAGCUAGGGUGGGGUGAGGGGGUCCAAAUUUGAAAAUCUCCCGAGCCCCUACUUGAGGGGCCCCAAACGAGUGUCCGAAAUGUGUUUUUACAUUAAAUAUUAAACCAUUAUCUCAUGUCAUAAUUUCGAAUGUCAAAAGGCAGGGGCCCCUAAAGAGGUCAAGCCUCUGGGCCCCCAAAUGCCUAGCUACGCCACUGCAAUCCCCUGACGACAUUGGAUCAAGUUCAAUGGUCCUUGUUUAAGUAUUAAUUCGUGUUAAAGAAGCCAUAAGACAAACUAAUGCAGAUUUGGUUUUAGUUAUAAAACUAUAAACUGUGUUAGAAUUAAAAUUAUUAAAAAGAUAAAGUCUUCUUGUAAAGCAUCUUUUGCUGAAUUGACUGGAUCUUAAAAUCUGAUGACUAGACAUUGAUCUUUUGUUCGCGUUAAUUUGAUUGAAAAUAUAGAUUGACUUUGCUGAAGCAGUAUAUACUAUUUUUCUUUCGCACUUCUUUCUUUCUUCAUUUCUCUCUUGGCGCUCUUUAUGGCCUAGUCUUUAUGAUGGCCUAGUCUUUAUGGCCUAGUCUUUAUGAUGGCCUAGUCUUUAUGAUGGCCUAGUCUUUCCCUCGUCUCUCUAGCUCUAUAGUUUUUCUCUUUUUUUUUCUGUCCUAGUCAAUUUAUUCUUUCUACAUUAUCAGAGCAAUUUUGUAUUUGAUCUCCUCUAGACCUAUGUAACAUCUCUGACGGAAUCAAUUUUGUAUUUGAUCUCCUCUCGAUCUAUGUAACAUCUCUGACGGAAUCAAUUUUGUAUUUCAUCUCCUCUAGAUCUAUGUAACAUCUCUGACGGAAUCAAUUUUGUAUUUGAUCUCCUCUAGAUCUAUGUAACAUCUCUGACGGAAUCAAUUUUGGUUUAAUACUUUUCUCUGAAUCUCAAUUAAUUAUUUCACGAGAAUGCUUCAACAUUCAAAAGUUAUGACACUAACUUUAUAAACAUCUACCGACAUUUUUUUUUAAAUCUUCAUAAUGAUCAAUUCCCCAUUCCCCCCCCCCGUUUCUUUUCAUUUUGAAAUGAAGAUUAUUAUGUCCGAAGCUUCUGCAGGUAGACGGUGGAUUCGAACACGGCAACAUGUCGACAGACCAUAAUUCAUGCUCACGCAGCCAGUUUUUCUUUCUAACGUUUUUCCACUGCUAACAUAAGAAGGAGUUCUGGAGAAGUUCUGAAGGAGCUCUGAAGGAGUUCUGAAGGAGUUCUGGAGGAGCUCUGAAGGAGUUCUGAGGGAGUUCUGAAGGAGUUCUGGAGGAGUUCUGGAGGAGUUCUGGAGGAGUUCUGAAGGAGUUCUGAAGGAGUUCUGAAGGAGUUCUGGAGGAGCUCUGAAGGAGUUCUGAGGGAGUUCUGAAGGAGUUCUGGAGGAGUUCUGAAGGAGUUCUGAAGGAGUUCUGGAGGAGUUCUGGAGGAGUUCUGAAGGAGUUCUGGAGGAGUUCUGGAGGAGUUCUGAAGGAGUUCUGGAGGAGUUCUGAAGGAGUUCUGGAGGAGUUCUGAAGGAGUUCUGAAGGAGUUCUGGAGGAGUUCUGAAGGAGUUCUGGAGGAGUUCUGGAGGAGUUCUGAAGGAGUUCGCCUUCUCAGACGUUGCACAUACUUUAUCAAGUGUUCUCCGCUUUUCCUCCCGUAUCGAACCUUUCUUGACCUUCGCCCUGAUUAUUUCGACUUUUGAGGCAACAAGAUGUAUCCUGCUUAUUCUAGUUAAGGGGCUGCCUUUUACCAAUGUAGAGGUCGCUGUACAUUUCAGCUUGAUUAUUGUAUGGCCUGCUCGGUCUCAAGUCUUUUUUUGGAACAUGUUGUGCACUUUCAUAUAUGCACCUAGUUUUAAGAUUUCAACACAUUAAGAGACAUUAAGCUAAGUGAUCAACACAGUUGAAGAAGCAAACAGAACCUUGGUGUCCAUUUGGUUUUUUCUUCUUUUAGAAUCUCUACUUUCUACAAAACAUUCUCAUUAGUAUGUAUUUUGUUUUUUUACAUUGUGUAAACUAUGACAUCUGAAGUACAUCAGAUAUGUCAUCUAAAUGACACGUGAAACAGUAUUCUGUACAUAUAUACCAAUUGUUUUUAUUAAGUUCAUCUUUUAUAUCCCCUCACUCUGACUUCAAUAAAUAUUUGAUUUCAACCAAUUCA